AAAAAAAAAAACCCAUUGUGGGGGUUUUCUUUUUGUUUUGUUUUUUUGCUCUAUUAAUCUUAUAAUAUAGUUUACUGGGGUCCCCUCCUUUUGGUGCAAGACAACUGUUACUGGUGUGCAUUUUCUUUCUUUUUUCCUGAUUUGUUUCUGUGCAACCAAACAAGUUUCUUUCCCACACUUACUGGGUUUGUUAUGCUUUCUUUUGGGUAUAUGUAAAUGUUCCUUUUUUCUGUUGUGGGGUUUUCCUUAUUGCUGAGAAAGUUGUUGAGAUUGGGCAGAAAUCCGUGACGUCCACAAAAAGCUUUUGUGGGCUGGGAUUUUUUUAUUGGCAAAACAAAGAAAAGUAGAAAUCUUUUUUCCUCUUUUCGCUUGGUGGGUUUUCAAGGAAGAAAAAAGUUCGUAUCUUUGAGCUGUAAAUUAAGCAGAAGAAGGCUGUUUGGUGAGGGCAUUCUGAUUAUAAUUUGGUUAUCUGGGAAAGUUGUAUUUGGAGCUUUAAGUGAACAAAGAAUGUGCUUAUAUUAUUGAACUUUUUAGUUUUACAUUAUACAUUUUACUAAGAAGAGGGUAAAAAGUUUAGAUUUUUAUGCUUUUUUUUUUUCUUUCUUUCUUUCUUGUACUUGAAGCUUGGAUAUUGUUGUCAGAGGAAGCAAAAGGUUCUUGAGAGGUACAAACCUAUGUUGGGUGUCUGAAAUUAUUGUUGUAUUUUGGGCUGCCAAAAAAAAAUACUGGUCCCCAACAUUGUUUGAAGAGUCAAGGAGAGGUUAAGAUAUGCUCUAAUCUGGGUAGGAGAGAAAGUUAUAUCAAGUUUUGGGGAAGAUAGAAGAAUUUGAAAGUUGAAAGAAAUGGCUGCAAAACUUUUGCAUUCCUUGGCUGAUGAGAAUCCAGAUUUGCAGAAGCAAAUUGGAUGCAUGACUGGGAUUUUUCAAAUCUUUGAUCGUCACCAUGUUUUAACUGGGAAACGCCUUCCCCACAAGAGGCUUCCUCCAGGUAAUCCCAACUUUAGCAACAAUAGCUUGGAAAGACAGUCUAAUAAUUUACACUAUCAAGAGACUUCAGAGAUAAAUUUCAACAAGAGUGCGAGUGAGAGACAAAGACUUUCCACGGAAUCAUCAAGAGCCUCUUUCUCAUCCACUUGUUCGUCCUCAGCAUCAUCUGUGGACUGUGACAAAACAGCUCAACAAGAAGUUUCUUCCCUCAACCGAAUCAUUUUUCCCGAAACUUCCUCAAAGGGACCGGCAGUGAACCAAUCAAGUACGUCUCCACGAUUAGGGAGGUACUCUCUCGAUCUCCGGGAUGUUGUCAAGGACUCCAUGUAUAGGGAAGCCAGGGGAUUAUCAGUCAAAACUAAUAAAGAUGAAGCAGCGGGUCAUGGAGUGAAGCAUCGAGAUUCCCCAAGGCCUUUACAGCUCUCCAAACAUGAUGAUGGAUCUAAUGCAGUUGGGAUUAGUGGAAAGCAAAAUACAUCAGUUGAUCUUAAGGAGUCUCUUAGAGUUCUUGCUAAACUGAGAGAAGCACCUUGGUAUUAUAAUGAUACUAGAGAAAAUCCAAGAUCAUCAUCGUAUGAAUUGAAAGAUGGGUCUUGGCACUCGAUUUCAAGGGAUGCUCCUCGGUUUUCUUACGAUGGAAGAGAAAUUAAACGUCUGUCUUUUGAAUCACGGGAUUCCUUAAAAUCAACUGCUAAGCUAAAAGAGUUGCCAAGACUUUCAUUGGAUAGUCGAGAAAGCUCGAUUCGGGGUUCCAGUUUUGAUUCAAAACCAAGGCAUGUUUCAAGAAUUGCCAAGAGUAGUGGGAUCAUGAAUGAGAAAGACCCUAGUCUAUCCCAGUCAUCAGGGAGUCAAAAACGACCUCCUAGUGUUGUAGCAAAGUUAAUGGGCUUGGAUGCACUGCCAGAUUCUCCUUUGGCUAGUGAUGAUCAAUUGGGGUUGAACAAAACCUUCCUGGUUCAUGAUGCUGAUUCAUCUACGAAGUCUUUGAAAGCGAAUAGUAUUAACAGGCCUAUUCGAAUUUCAAACUCCCCAAGAAACACCUUGAAAGAGCCAACAUCUCCACAGUGGAGAAAUCCUGAUUUGGUCAUGAAACCCCUUUCAAGUUCUAGGUUUCCAAUCGAACCAGCUCCAUGGAAAAUGCAGGAUGGAAAUAGAGGUUCUCAGAGAACAAGUUCUUCAAGACCAGUAAAAGUCCCACCAAGGAGUCCAAACUCCUUCCCUUCGGUUUAUAGUGAGAUUGAGAAGAGACUAAAAGAUCUCGAAUUCAAACAAUCCGGAAAGGAUCUUCGCGCUCUUAAACAGAUACUGGAAGCAAUGCAAGGAAAGGGACUGUUAGAGACUGGUAAAGAAGAACAAGCUUCAAAUUUUGGAACCCAAGUAGAACGUGAACAGAGAUAUGUGGGCCCCAAUCUAAAUCUAAAUUCUGCUAACCAAAGAAACCAGCAAAGCAGCCAUGUUAAUGCUUCCACCAUUAGAGUGUCUAGUUCUUCGAGGACGUUUGAAUCUCCGAUAGUGAUCAUGAAACCAGCUAAACUUGUUGAGAAAUCUAGUAUUUCUACUUCCUCAGUCAUUUCUGCUGAUGGUUUUUCUGAUAUCCAUGGGCCCCAGAAUGUGGGAACUGUUGAGGGUAGGAAGAGUUCAAAUAAUAGCCGAACGGCCAAAGAUCAUUCCCCCAAGUACAGUCAUCGGGAUGCCAGUGUCAGUUCUGUUGAGAAGAUAGGAAGUGCGAGGAAUAUGAAACCAACACAUUCUUCGUCUAUGUCUCAACAACAUCCAGUAGAAAACACCACAAGAAGUUCAGCAAAGAGCUCGGGAUCAGUGAGCCCGAGGCUGCAACAGAAGAAGCUUGAGAUGGAGAAGCGAUCUCGUCCACCUAUGCCUCCAUCCAAUUCGAACAAACCUCGAAGGCAAUCUAGUCGGCAGCCAGCAGAUGCAGGUUCACUGGGUGGAAGAGCCAGACCGAAGGAUCCUAACUCGCAGCCAUGCGAUGACCAAUUGAGUGAGGUAAGCAAUGAUUCGAAAGCUUUGAGUUGCCAAGGCGAUGACACAUCUGUCCAAUCAGAGGGCAAUACAGCUUUGGACUCGAAAUCCGAUGUGGAAGUCACAAGUGCAAUGCGAUCAUCAGAGAUGAAUUGCAGCCUUACUCCAUCCAUGAAGGGUUCCAAGUCCUUGGCUGCUGACUCCAUACAGAAGAAAGCAAUUAGCAGGCUAGAUGAAGAGGAGUCAUUACCCGAGCUUGCUACGGCUGCACUGGAACAUCCUAGUCCAGUUUCUGUUCUUGAUACCUCUGCUUAUAAAGAUGAUGAACCUUCUCCUGUAAAGCAGAUACCAAAUGCCCUCAAAGGUGAUGAUGCUCAGGAUUCCAACGAAGCCGCGGGUGAAGAUCUAUGGCGAAACACUGAAAACCUGUCUAAUAGCAAAGGGUCGGGUCUUACCUCUGAGAUAAACCGCAAGAAACUAGAAAAUAUUGAAAACUUGGUUCAGAAGCUUAGGAGAUUGAAUUCCAAUCAUGAUGAAGCCAGAACAGACUACAUUGCAUCGCUCUGCGAGAAUACAAGUCCCGAUCACAGAUAUAUUUCUAAGAUAUUGUUAGCUUCCGGCCUACUCCUCAGGGACCUUGGUUCUGGCCUAACCACAUUUCAGCUCCAUCCCUCAGGCUACCCUAUCAACCCUGAGUUGUUCUUCGUCUUGGAGCAAACCAAGGCAAGCAGUUUGCGACCAAAAGAUGAAUGCAGCCUUGAAAAGGCUGGCAAUGCGAAAUCAGACAAGGAGAAGCUUCAUAGGAAGCUCAUAUUCGACGCUGUGAAUGAAAUCCUCGUAGGAAAGUUGGCUUCGGUUAGUGUCUCGUUUGAACCAUGGUUGAAGCGUGAGAAGCUAGCAAAGAAAACCCUCAAUGCACAAAAGCUUCUCAAUGAAUUGUGCAACGAAAUCGAACAGUUGCAGACAAAGAAACUAGAGUGCAGCUUUGAGGUUGAGGAUGAUUCUUUGAAGAGCAUCUUGUGGGAGGACGUGAUGUGCGGGUCUGGGAGUUGGAUAGACUUCUCUGGUGAGAUCUCCGGUGUGGUGUUAGACGUUGAGCGCUCGAUAUUUAAGGACUUGGUAGACGAGGUCGUUAGGGGAGAGGCUGCGAAUUUGCGAGCAAAGCCAGGCAGGCGCAGGCAGCUGUUUGCAAAGUAGUGUUUUUCAGUAUGCGAGCCUUCUUUUUCUUCUUCCUUUUCCACUUUGAUGAUCAUCUUUGGCUUCCUUGUUAUCAUUUAAUCGUUAUUUUUCUGACAAAAAAGGUGUAAUAAUUUUUGUGAAAGAACUACAGUUUUCUG